AUGUCUCCUGAGCCUCCGUCUGCUCCUGCCCUGCAGCUGCUACUCUGGUACAGUGCAUUUUUGGCUGUGCAAGAAGCCACUCCCCUGGGCCCUGCCAGCAACCUGCCCCAGAGCUUCCUGCUCAAGUGUUUAGAGCAAGUGAGGAAGAUCCAGGCUGAUGUUGCGGUCAUGCAGGAAAGGCUGUGCGCUACCCACAAGCUGUGCCACCCUGAGGAGCUGGUGCUGCUCAGGCACUUCCUGGGCAUCCCUCAGGCUCCCCUGAGCAGUUGCUCCAGCCAGGCCCUGCAGCCGAUGGGCUGCCUGAGACAACUCCACGGUGGCCUCUUCCUCUACCAGGGCCUCCUGCAGGCCCUGGCAGGAAUCUCCCCUGAGGUAGCCCCUGCCUUGGACGUGCUGCAGCUGGACAUCGCGGACUUUGCCACCAACAUCUGGCAGCAGAUGGAAGACCUGAGGAUGGCCCCUGCCAUGCCGGCCAUCCAGGGCCCCAUGCCAGCCUUCACCUCGGCCUUCCAGCGCCGGGCAGGAGGCGUCCUUGUGGCCGCCAACCUGCAGAGCUUCCUGGAGCUGGCGUACCGUGUCCUGCGCUACCUUGCCGAGCCCUGA